AUGCCUUUAUUGUUACCAUCUUUCCGCCGGCAGCAGCGUGUGCUCGACUUCUCUCAUGUCGAACGCCACCAUGUAGAGGGUGUAUACGUUACGCUAAGCCCCGAUAGCCCUGCAGACUGGGUCGGUGUGCUCUUCGUCCGUGAUGGGCCGUACGAAUCAGCAAUUCUACGCUUCACGAUUCACUUCCCUGACGACUUCCCUGAUGUCGCCCCAGUCAUCACAUUUUCUACCGAUGUUUUCCAUCCGCUCGUCGUCCCGUUGACCCAAUACACGUUCAGCGCAGGCACACUGGAUGCGUCCACCAGCGCGAGUGCUUCAGACGAUGCCCGGCUGCCACCUGGCGCGUUCAAUCUGAGACAUGUUUUCCCGGGCUGGUUCACCCGCGACCAAAUUGUAGGAAGUGGUCAGAACGCCGACUUGAACCGAGGCUCCUCAGAAAACCAUACUCAGGAUCCAUGCGCUACAUCAGCUACGGCCGAGAACAUAGCUGACUCCAGUCAGACAGCCAUAAACAUCCUGAAGCAUCUCAAAGAGGCAUUUGAGAAUGCCUCAGUAUUGGAUAACGUUGAGUUCGGCGCAGUCGGCAAUCCCAGUGCAUGGCAUGCAUGGAGGGCCUAUCGGGGCCUGAGCACCACUCAAACAAGAGGCCGCAGCCCUAGCCGGAGUCAGGAACCUGAAAGAUCACCAUCGUCUCCCAAGCAGAUGAGCGACUGGAACUGGGAAGGUGUUUGGGAAUCUCGUGUCCGUAAUGCUGUCGAAACGAGCAUUAGCGAAGCAGGGCUCUUCAGCAACCAAAGCCUCGUAAAGUUCGCAAAGAUCGACGCCAGUCAACUGAAGGAGAUUAGACAGCAGAUCCAGACGAGCUAG